AUGAAUAAAUUUCUACUUUUAAGUAAAAAUAUCAAUUAUCUCAGAAAACUAUCCUUUCAUUUUUUUCAUUACAGAAAGUUAAUUCAAUUUAUUNGAGAAAUCAAUUCUUAGUUGAAAUUAGUUGCAGAACAAUUUGAUGUAUACAUAUAUUGAAAUUAGGUAAAAUUUGAUAGUUACAUAUUUUAUUUAAAAAAUAUAAUCUAUUUAUGUGAUGGAUUGGCAUAAUUAGGAGGAGAUUAUAUAGUAAAGGAAAGUGAACUUGACUUUAGUGAAACAAAAUCAGUUUUGCUUUAAUUAAUAACAGGAUAAUUAAGACCAGAAAUAUAGUGGGUAGAAUUAACAUCCCCUGAAAAAUUAUGGACUUAUAUUACAAAUUUCUUUUAAUUUGUCUAUAAAGGGAUGCCUAAAAUCAACUAAUAUGAAGUUGAUUGGAAGAAUAAUCUUAUGAAUCAAAAAAAUCUAAUGCUCUUUUAAUUUGUUAAAGACAUGACUUUUAUAGUUGCGAAAACAUUAAUUUAAUAUAUUAGAAAUUAUUAAUAUUUAUAACAUAAAUUAGUAGAAGGUAAAAACUAAUAUCUAAUUAAUAGAAAAGGAUGAAUAGAAAUUAGGUUAGGCCUAAAAAGAUUUCAAUUUAUUAAUAACACAAAGUUCAAUUAAAAGAUCUUAUUCAUUAUUUUAUGAAAAUAUAAUUGAUUUCAUCUAGGAGAUUAAUCUUAAACUAAAUAACUAUUUAGAUAGAAGUACAUUUGAUUAAAUUUAAGUAAAAUUUUAUAUUUAUUUAAGAUUUACAUUACAGAAAUUAUAUAAAAUUCCUUAUCAUUACUAAGUUAAUUUUAUAUAAUUGUUUCUAAACAUUAUGGAGGAGAAGAAUACGAAUAUUUCUAAUUUAAUUCUGCAGAUGAGAUAAUCAAAUAAAUAAAAAUUGAAUAUUUUGAUUGA